GAUGUUGCCUGCUGCCUGCACUAUUGAUUUGCUACAACUUGGCCUAUUAAAGGCAUGUGUCUUUGGAUUGGGCUGCAGGUUCCACCAUGGGCCGACUGGAAGGGAAAGUUAUUGUCCUGACAGCUGCUGCUCAAGGAAUCGGCAGGGCCUCUGCGUUAGCUUUUGCAAAAGAAGGAGCCAAAGUCAUAGCCACGGACAUCAAUGAGUCCAAACUCCAGGAGCUGGAAAAUUACCCAGGUAUUCAAACUCGAGUCCUCGAUGUCACAAAGAAGAAGCAAAUUGAUCAGUUUGCCUCAGAAGUUGAAAGAAUUGAUGUUCUCUUUAAUGUUGCUGGGUAAUUUAAUUUUUUUUUAUUUCCCUCUGAGAAAGUUUUCUGAUUUUAUUAAAUGAAU